ACCUUGAAGAGGGUGGGAUCUGGAAAGAAGGAAGAGCAGGAGAAGAGCUGAAAGAGGAAAUUAUAUUUAUGCUUACCAGUGCUCUUAGUCAGUCUGCCCUGUGCUGAGGACAGAGACCAUUGGGGACAGUCCAGGGGCCUGGAGCCAUUGCCAGCUCAGAGAGGCCAGUCCAGACAGAGCUGUGUGUGUGCCCAGCAGCAAAGAAGGCACAGGCAAGGAAGAGAAAGACAUGCCCUGGAAAUUGACACCACGUGUGCUGUUUCUGGCCUGGAUGGCCUCCAUGUGCAGCGCCCGGGCCAGGACAGAUCUGCUCAAUGUCUGCAUGGACGCCAAGCACCACAAGGUAAAGCCAGGCCCUGAGGACAAGCUGCAUGACCAGUGCAUCCCCUGGAAGAAGAACGCCUGUUGCACUGCCAGCGUCAGCCAGGAGCUGCACAAGGACAUCUCCCUCCUGUAUAACUUUAACCUGGACCACUGUGGCAAGAUGGAGCCCACCUGCAAGCGCCACUUCAUCCAGGACAACUGUCUCUACGAGUGCUCACCCAAUCUGGGGCCCUGGAUCCAGGAGGUGAACCAGAGUUGGCGCAAAGAACGGUUCCUGAAUGUGCCCCUGUGCAAAGAGGACUGUGAGAGCUGGUGGGAAGACUGCCGCACCUCCUAUACAUGCAAGACCAACUGGCAGAAGGGCUGGAACUGGACUUCAGGAUCUAACAGAUGUCCAGCGGGGGCCACCUGCAGCACAUUUGAGUCCUACUUCCCCACGCCUACAGCCCUGUGUGAGGGUGUCUGGAGUCACUCUUACAAGGUCAGCAACUAUAGCCGGGGCAGUGGCCGCUGCAUCCAGAUGUGGUUUGAUACAGCCCAGGGCAACCCCAAUGAGGAGGUGGCGAGGUUCUAUGCUUUGGACAUGAAUGCUGGGGCCAUGCCCCAGGGGAUUGGGCCUUGUCUUCUCAGCCUGGCUCUGAUGCUGUCUCUGGCUCCUUGACUGAGUCCAGCCCUCCCCAGAUGGUCCCCUCUGCCUGUCCCCAGCUUUGCUGGCCAGGCUGGGCUCAGCUCUGCUUCCACAAAUGAGGGAGCCAUAAGUAUGCCUUCAUCCAUUUACCCAUCCCCCUGUCAUCCAGUUCCUGCUCCAUGGUGGGGCUUGGGGUUUCUGUGACAGCCAGUUCUAAUAAAUAAGUCAACACAUUCGUAUCUGAUGAAUUACUUUAGUUGUGAGUUUGUGGACCGAAGAGGACAGAUUCCAUAGCCUUUGGAUUCCUUCAGAUUAGAGAAUUGAGACCUGGGUUUGAAUCUCAGCUCUGCUACUCACUAUGUUAAAGUGAAACAGUUGCUUAACUGCUUUAGAGGAAACCUUGAUUUCCUCCUCAGUA